UCCGCGAGCUCCACGUCGCACGGGCACCGCCCCCGACCCAGUUUGCUUGUGUUCACCCCGGCGUUUAGUUUCGGCGUCUGGCACGUAGUGAGUGCUUAACGAAUGCCACGGUUCACAUCGGUGACUCUUUAACUCGCCGCAGAUUGGGGGAUGGGGUUUGGGGUGACAGUCCUGGCUCGGUGGCUGUUUGAAAACGAUAGUAGCAGCAGAAGGAAUGGUCUUUACCCAGCCCCCCGGCGGGAGCCCUGCUUUAUCCGAGGUGCUGGGGAAGGCACGGGUUCCCGGCCGGCCGGCCAGCGGCAUGACGAGCGGUGCGGCGCGACCGGGGACGGCGCCCGGACUGACCAUGAAAUCCCAACUGCAGAUCACGGUCAUCUCGGCGAAACUCAAGGAAAACAAGAAGAACUGGUUUGGACCGAGCCCUUACGUGGAAGUGUCGGUGGACGGGCAGUCCAAGAAGACGGACAAGUGCAGCAAUACGAGCAGCCCCAAGUGGAAGCAGCCGCUCACCGUGAUCGUCACUCCUGUCAGUAAACUCAGUUUUCGCGUCUGGAGUCACCAGACGUUGAAAUCGGACAUUUCGCUGGGCAGCGCGGUUCUGGAUAUCCAGGAGACGCUGAAGUCGAACAACAUGAAGCUGGACGAGGUGGUGGUGACGUUGCAGCUGGCCGGGGAUAAGGAGCCGGCGGAAAUUGUGGGAGACCUGUCGGUGUGUCUAGACGGGAUGCACGUCGAUCCGGAGAUCCUCAUCAACGGCAGCGGGAUCCGAUCUCACAGUCCCACCGAGAACGAUGAAACCAGAGCCAAGACGGAAGGCAGACAGAGCAACGACGUUCCCGAGAGCCGUGAGGAAGCGGGGUCCGGUGAAAGCGGGAGAGUCAACGGCAACGAUUCUCCCUCCCUCCCGAACGGCGCUUGCAAGCCCUCCAGGCCUCCGAGGCCCUCCCGGCCCCCCCCGCCCACCCCGCGGAAACCAGCCUCCGUCACCAGCUCGCCGAUCGCCCUCCCGGAAGCCGAGACGUCCGGCGCGGGCUCGUCGCCGGCCGGGAGCGCGGGCGCGCCGUCGGAGAGGGGUCCGGAAGGAGCCGCCGCCCCCGCCGCCGCAGCCCCCUCGCCCGCCCCCGGGGCCGUGACCGCUCCUCCGGCCGCCCGGCCCGGGCAGCCCGGAAACCCCGGCUCCCAGCAGCUCGGCGCCGCCAACCAGGGCCCUCUGCCCCCAGGGUGGGAGCAGAGGGUGGACCAGCACGGGCGAGUGUACUACGUGGACCAUGUGGAGAAGAGGACCACGUGGGACAGGCCGGAGCCCCUUCCUCCGGGUUGGGAGCGGCGAGUGGACAACAUGGGACGCAUCUACUACGUGGACCAUUUCACCAGGACCACCACCUGGCAGCGGCCCACGCUGGAGUCCGUCCGCAACUACGAGCAGUGGCAGCUGCAGCGGAGUCAGCUCCAAGGGGCCAUGCAGCAGUUCAACCAGAGAUUCAUCUACGGGAAUCAAGAUUUGUUUACUUCGACCCAGAAUAAAGAAUUCGAUCCCCUGGGGCCCCUGCCAACAGGAUGGGAAAAGAGGACGGACAGUAAUGGCAGACUCUACUUCGUCAACCACAACACCCGCGUCACGCAGUGGGAGGACCCGCGGAGCCAGGGGCAGCUGAAUGAGAAGCCGUUGCCGGAAGGCUGGGAGAUGCGGUUCACGGUGGAUGGCAUCCCCUACUUCGUGGAUCACAACCGCCGGACCACGACGUACAUCGACCCCCGGACUGGGAAAUCUGCCCUAGACAACGGUCCCCACAUUGCCUACGUUCGAGACUUUAAGGCGAAGGUUCAGUAUUUCCGGUUCUGGUGCCAGCAACUGGCCAUGCCGCAGCACAUAAAGAUCACCGUGACGAGGAAAACGCUGUUUGAGGACUCGUUUCAGCAGAUAAUGAGCUUCAACCCGCCGGACCUGCGGAGACGCUUGUGGGUCAUUUUCCCCGGAGAAGAAGGCUUGGAUUACGGAGGCGUGGCCAGAGAGUGGUUCUUCCUUUUGUCCCACGAGGUGCUGAACCCCAUGUACUGCCUGUUUGAAUACGCAGGCAAGGACAACUACUGCCUCCAGAUCAACCCGGCCUCCUACAUCAACCCCGAUCACCUCAAAUACUUCCGAUUCAUCGGCAGGUUCAUUGCCAUGGCCCUGUUCCACGGCAAGUUCAUCGACACGGGCUUCUCCUUGCCGUUCUACAAGCGGAUCCUCAAUAAGCCUGUGGGGAUCAAAGACCUGGAGUCCAUUGACCCCGAGUUCUACAACUCUCUCAUCUGGGUGAAGGAAAAUAACAUCGAAGAGUGCGGCUUGGAAAUGUACUUCUCCGUAGACAAGGAAAUUCUCGGGGAAAUCAAAAGCCACGAGCUGAAGCCCGACGGAAGCAACAUCCUGGUCACCGAGGCCAACAAGGAGGAGUACAUCCGGAUGGUGGCCGAAUGGAGGCUGUCUCGGGGCGUGGAGGAACAGACCCAGGCUUUCUUCGAGGGCUUCAACGAAAUCCUUCCUCAGCAGUACCUGCAGUACUUCGAUGCUAAGGAGCUGGAGGUCCUUCUUUGCGGGAUGCAGGAGAUCGACUUGAACGACUGGCAGAGGCACGCCGUCUACCGCCACUACACCAGGACGAGCAAGCAGAUUGCCUGGUUCUGGCAGCUGGUGAAAGAAAUCGACAACGAGAAGAGGAUGCGGCUGUUGCAGUUUGUCACGGGCACGUGCAGGCUUCCCGUGGGAGGAUUUGCCGACCUGAUGGGGAGCAAUGGACCGCAGAAGUUUUGUAUCGAAAAAGUGGGCAAGGAAAAUUGGUUACCCAGAAGCCAUACCUGUUUCAACCGGCUCGACCUGCCGCCCUACAAGAGCUACGAGCAGCUGAAGGAGAAGCUCCUGUUCGCCAUAGAAGAGACAGAAGGGUUUGGGCAGGAGUGACCGGGGGCCGGAGGAUCCAACCGGUUUGAGCCACCGUGUGCCCUCCUCCUGUUAACCUCUCCCCUCCCUCCCCGCCGCCCCCCGCCCCACCGCCCCCCCCCCC